AUGUCGUCACCCUGUUCAGAUCCUGUUUGUCGGCUGCAUGAGUUUGUGCUACAAUCGACUGCAGGUUCGGCUGCUCACGGUAGAGAGAAUGUCCCUCAAUGGAUCCGAGCCUGUCGGUAUUUCUUGCCAGCCCCAUCACUUUCACGUGUUUGCAGGCGAGAUCCGCCCGCAUCGACCCGAUAUCUGGAUUUGCAUGGCGAGUCGUCCGCGUCUCGCUCUCUUCAUUUCUCCUUUCGACUCGAACCUGAUUCGUCCCGUUCAUUGAGACUGAUGGACUUCCUCAACAAAGCCAAGCACGCAGCUGAACUCUACGCCGGUGGCGACACGAGCAAAAGCCACACGAAGAGCCACAAGGACAAAUCGGGCAGCGGCUCCGUGUUCACCAAGGCGGCCGACGCGGCCGAGAAGUAUCACGCGAAAGAAAAGGUCGCGGAGUUUGCUCAGAAACGGGUGGCCAAGCGCGACAUGGCCAAGCAGCAGCCAGGCUACGUGGACAAGAAGGACAAGUCGGCGAUCGACAAGGCUGUGGAGGCGGCCGAGGACUUCCUGGCGAAGCAGCAGGGCCAGGCCAAGGGGCACCACUCGGGCGGGAAGAAGGACCAGCACAAGGAAGAGGGGACGACGACCUUGUAG